UACUAUAGUUGUCUUGAAGCAGUGUCCAUGUGCAGUAGUUUAAACUAUAGAUUUUGCUUGCUUUCCUGUCCAAAGUAAAAGGAAAGAGCUCCCCUUUCUCACUUCCCUUCCUCUUGAUAACAAGUCGCCGUCGGGCGACAAUUUCCAACCCCUCUCUUCCUAACUAAGCUGAAAGCUAUAACUUCAAGCGUUUUCAUAAUACCUUGGAUUCCUUCUCCCCACCCCACGCGCCACUCUCCCCACCCCACGCGCCGCCACCACUUCUCUAAUCUGAUAAGAUCUGAACAAGGGUUCCCUUUUUAUGAAUCCAAAGCAUCUGAUGAUAGGGAAGAUAAUAACAACAACAUGGGCGGAGUCACUUCAACAAUUGCCGCGAAGUUCGCUUUCUUCCCACCAAACCCUGCUUCUUAUACGGUGGUAACUGAUGACUCUUCCUCCGCCGUGUCUGGCGGCUCCACCACAAGGCUGUAUAUACCCGAGGUGCCGAGGAAGGAUGACGUGGAUGUGCUGAAGUUGAGGACUCGGCGUGGAAAUGAAAUCGUGGCUGUUCAUAUUAAACAUCCAAGAGCUUCAGCUACUUUGUUGUAUUCUCAUGGAAAUGCUGCUGAUUUGGGUCAAAUGUUUGAGCUUUUUGUUGAAUUGAGUAAUCGCCUUCGCAUUAAUCUUAUGGGAUAUGAUUACUCUGGCUAUGGGCAAUCAAGCGGAAAGCCAACUGAAUGUAACACAUAUGCGGACAUAGACGCGGCAUAUAAAUGCCUCAAGGAGCAGUAUGGGGUUAAAGAUGAUCAAUUAAUAUUGUAUGGUCAGUCUGUUGGUAGUGGUCCCACAGUUGAUCUCGCUUCGCGUUUACCAAACUUGAGAGGUGUGGUUCUGCAUAGCCCAAUAUUGUCUGGGAUGAGGGUAUUGUACCCAGUCAAAAGGACUUACUGGUUUGACAUUUACAAGAACAUUGACAAAAUUGGUAUGGUGAACUGUCGUGUUCUCAUAAUUCAUGGAACAUCAGAUGAAGUGGUUGACUACUCUCACGGGAAACAACUUUGGGAGCUUUGCAAAGAGAAAUAUGAACCAUUGUGGAUCAAUGGAGGUGGGCAUUGCAAUCUUGAGCUUUACCCAGAAUUUAUCAAACAUCUGAAGAAGUUUGUUUUGACCAUAGGCAAAUCAAAAACAGCUACAAAUGGUCCUAAAACAACAGCAGAGUCUGAAAAUCAGAACAAACCAUCUGAGAGUGCAAGUUCAGACACUUUUGAACUGGGUGACCUUCCUGAAAUCUCUAGAAAUAGCUUAGAUAGUAGGCUUGAGAAGUCUAAGAAGCCAAAUAAGCCUGAAAAGUCUCGGAUGAGCACUGACCGUGUUGAUAGAUUUAGAAGAAGAAAAGGCUUGGUCUGGUGAUUAUUUAUGCCAAGAGCUUCAUAAAUAAAAUACAUGCAUUGGUUGACCUGAGAAGGUAAUUUAAUUUCACUCCUGCUUUUGUAACGUGCAUUGAGUCUAGUACAAAUUAUUAGAUUGAGUGUAAUUUUCCAUAUAAAUGUUGUAUCUGUACGAAUGCUUAGAACGUGAGUCAAAUUAAGCGAAAUCUUGUAUUUUAACUCUGAGCUGUUCAUUUGAAGAUAAAAUCAUGUAUUCGCAACUA